UUUGCUAUCGCAUGACAGCACUGGAUCAAUUCAAACUAAAACGCUUCUCUGUCUUUGUUUGCCAAUCAUGUUUAGGUCACGCUCGAAAGAUCGAGCUGCUACUAGUCCCGAUCCUGCGACAAUGGCGUCGAAGAAACCAAAGCAUUCUCGGACGCAUAAUACGAAGAAACCUUCGCCCUCAAGGUCCAAGCAUGUCCCUGCUCUGCUUUUGAUGCUGUUAUUCGUUCUCAUCCUUCUUGUCGCUUUCGUAAUCUUCUCCCAUCAGGUCCGCACCAAAGGCACCCCGAGUGCUAAAGAUAUCACUUCUUUCCUUCACAAGACCGUGAAGAGUUUUGAUGGGUUGGGAGAGAAAGAGCAGCAAUGGACGGAAGUUAUCUCCUGGGAGCCUAGAGCAGCCGUUUUUCAUAAUUUCCUGUCUAGGGAGGAAUGUGAAUACCUGAUUGGUCUUGCGAAGCCUCGUAUGGAGAAAUCAGAAGUUGUCGAUAGCACGACCGGGAAGAGUGUUGAUAGCGGGGUACGCACAAGCUCUGGGACAUUUCUCACGAGAGGGCACGAUAAAAUCGUUAGGAGCAUAGAGGAGAGGAUUGCAAAAUCCACAUUCAUUCCUGUAGAGCAUGGGGAAGGACUUCAUGUGCUCCGUUAUGAGCUUGGUCAGAUGUACGAGCCCCAUUUUGACUAUUUCCUGGAUGAAUUCAACCCUAAGAAUGGGGGCCAACGGAUGGCCACUGUUCUUAUGUACCUUUCUGACGUUGAAGAAGGAGGGGAGACGGUAUUUCCCGAUGCCAAGGGAAACAUUAGUGCAGUUCCUUGGUGGAAUGAAUUAUCUGAAUGUGCAAAGAAGGGCCUCUCUGUUAAACCCAAGAUGGGUGAUGCAAUUCUUUUCUGGAGCAUGAAGCCUGAUGCCACUCUGGAUCCUUCAAGUUUGCAUGGUGCUUGCCCUGUUAUCAAAGGAACUAAGUGGUCAUGUGCCAAGUGGAUGCGUGUCAACGAGUACCAGGUCUGAGCUAAACAGUUGCGCUGAAGGUUAUCCGGAUGAUUCAUUGUAGACUGUAUAAAUGUGUUAGAAUUCCAAGCUGACUCUUCUUCGGAUGAGAAAUCUAUGAUGUAUGCUUGUACGACCCAGACUCUUCUUCGGAUGAGAAAUCCGGAUGAUUCAUUGUAGACUGUAUAAAAACUGGGCUUCCUUUCCGAGGAGUUAAUCUGCGCACCAAAUUUACUUUUUCUUAGGAAACUAGAAAGAUGGAAUGGUUACGCUGUAUUUCAAUGCCCAACUGUAAUACCAAAAGAAAAAUUUUAAAUGGAAAUUCAUCAAAUUGAUUGUUU